AAACGUGGCCUCAAGUGGAUCUUCCAGCAAGACAAUGACCCCAAGCACACAUCAAAAUCCACAAAGAAAUGGUUAACUGGCCACAAAAUUAAAAUAUCGCAAUGGCCAUCUCAGUCUCCGGACUUCAAACCCAUUGAAACCCCGUGUUUUGAAUUGAAGAGGGCUUCUCCAUGAGAUUCUCCAUAAGCACAUUUAUACAGUCAUUUUUGCUCGUCUUUAUCAAGGGUGUCAAUCCUAUUCUAAUCAAUAAAGGUAAAAUGGUUUGCAUUGCCAUGUAUUUUAUACUAGGAUUUAUUUUGCAUUGGAUUUGUCAGUCCGUUCAGACGUUCAUUUAUCAUCAUGGCUAUUGGCUAAUAGCAUCCCUCCUCACCAAAACAUACUAUCAUCAUGGCUAUUGGCUAAUAGCAUCCCUCCUCACCAAAACAUACUAUCAUCAUGGCUAUUGGCUAAUAGCAUCCCUCCUCACCAAAACAUACUAUCAUCAUGGCUAUUGGCUAAUAGCAUCCCUCCUCACCAAAACAUACUAUCAUCAUGGCUAUUGGCUAAUAGCAUCCCUCCUCACCAAAACAUACUAUCAUCAUGGCUAUUGGCUAAUAGCAUCCCUCCUCACCAAAACAUACUAUCAUCAUGGCUAUUGGCUAAUAGCAUCCCUCCUCACCAAAACAUACUAUCAUCAUGGCUAUUGGCUAAUAGCAUCCCUCCUCACCAAAACAUACUAUCAUCAUGGCUAUUGGCUAAUAGCAUCCCUCCUCACCAAAACAUACUAUCAUCAUGGCUAUUGGCUAAUAGCAUCCCUCCUCACCAAAACAUACUAUCAUCAUGGCUAUUGGCUAAUAGCAUCCCUCCUCACCAAAACAUACUAUCAUCAUGGCUAUUGGCUAAUAGCAUCCCUCCUCACCAAAACAUACUAUCAUCAUGGCUAUUGGCUAAUAGCAUCCCUCCUCACCAAAACAUACUAUCAUCAUGGCUAUUGGCUAAUAGCAUCCCUCCUCACCAAAACAUACUAUCAUCAUGGCUAUUGGCUAAUAGCAUCCCUCCUCACCAAAACAUACUAUCAUCAUGGCUAUUGGCUAAUAGCAUCCCUCCUCACCAAAACAUACUAUCAUCAUGGCUAUUGGCUAAUAGCAUCCCUCUUCACCAAAACAUACUAUCAUCAUGGCUAUUGGCUAAUAGCAUCCCUCUUCACCAUCACCAAAACAUACUAUCAUCAUGGCUAUUGGCUAAUAGCAUCCCUCCUCACCAAAACAUACUAUCAUCAUGGCUAUUGGCUAAUAGCAUCCCUCCUCACCAAAACAUACUAUCAUCAUGGCUAUUGGCUAAUAGCAUCCCUCCUCACCAAAACAUACUAUCAUCAUGGCUAUUGGCUAAUAGCAUCCCUCCUCUUUAUCAUCAUGGCUAUUGGCUAA